AUGCUAAGCAGCCCCAUCUCACUUUCCCUUUUCCCGUCUAGGUCAGGAACACUGCCAUUUCCCCUCAAGCGGGAAGUCGACCUACGCGUCUCAGGCGUCUCAGAGACCCAGGCGGAAUUUGAGGUAGCUCUAAUGCGAUUCGAUCGCGGGCACAGCUCCCGCGAAAUCAGCCAACGGACUGGUACAAGUGUUAAUGAGGAGCCGCGGCUUAGAGAUGAGCGCGGCUGGUAUGACACACGUGAUCACAACGGGCGGCCCGAUGGCGAACUUGGAAGCUUCGAAGAGGACCGUCAAGAUCGGAGAGAGCAUGUGUUGUCCGAUGACUUCAGAGGUUGUUCAAGCAAUGGGUACCGCAGACGGUCGCGUGAGCGCAAGCGCCUAUUGGAAGCAGGUGAUUUUUCAAGCCGACCGGGGAUGGACAGACCUUGCGAUAGAUGGGAACCGCCAGAGACAGCUGCAACGCGAGCACUGUUCUCAACGUCGCCAAAUGAAGCGCACUCUUCACGGCGAUCAAGAUUUGACGCACGGCGUCCUGAUCACCAUGCUUCUAUAACCGGUGCUACAUCUACAUCGGGUGGGUACAGCGGGUCACCGCCUGCGGCCGACCUGCUCAAGGCGGCAAUGCUCAAGGGCCUCGUACCUGUAGUUGCAGACUCCGCCACAAAGGCGCGGCGAGAACUCUUUGUGGGCAAUACCCCUCUUGGCUCUGCCCCGAGUCCUUGCGCUAUGUUGUAA